AUGGGGAUCGUGCAAUUUCCGCAGGAGUGCAUGAAAGUCUCCCCAAAUGCGGAUCAAUCCAGGUAUUGCAGAUUCCAUAGGCAGGUGGGCCAUGAUACCGAUGAAUGCAACGUGUUAAAACGCCAGAUUGAAGAGCUCAUCCAGAGGGGAUACUUCAGACAGUUCGUCAAACGGGAGCUCAUCCAGAGGGGAUACUUCAGACAGUUCGUCAAACGGUCAGGCCAGCAAAAGCCGGGCCAAAAGUCAAGCCAGCAACAACCUCCGCGUAAUUUACCAAAAAAUGUUUGGAAGAAGGAUGACAGCUCCGAGCCGUCAUCCUCGAGUGGUAAGAAAAGGGAGCACGACCAAGUUACAGUAACAGAUCUCUCUGACAAAGACACAGAAGAGCCCAGGAAACACAAGAAGCAGACCAUACACUUCAUCUACGGAGGUCCUGCAGGCGGAGACACACAAGCAGAAAGGAAGAAGUGGAGUCGCCAGUUAUAUGUAGGUGAGGUGGUCAGCCUUCCAAAGGGGAAAAAGCAGAGGAGGGAAGUCAUUACCUUCUCUGACGAUGACCUCCCAGAAGGUCUACUGCCUCACCGAGAUGCGUUGGUGAUCAAGAUGGAGAUCAACGACAGCAUUGUGCAUCGCAUACUCGUAGACACCGGAAGCUCAGUCAACGUGAUGUACUACGACGCUUUCACCAAACUGGGACUCCCCAGAAAUCAACUCAAAGAGGUACGGACUCCACUUUCUGGUUUUACUGGGGAUUCAAUAGAGACGGAGGGAUCUGUGGUACUACCAGUAGAGAUAGGUGUGAGCCCCAACACCUCCAAAAUAAACAUGGAGUUCAUCGUUGUGAAACUCACAUGUGCCCAUAACAUCAUACUUGGGAGGCCGGCUCUGGAAGAUUUGAAGGCGAUAGUCUCGAUGGAGCACCUGUGCAUGAAGUUUCCCACGCCAUACGGGAUAGGAGUUGCGAGAGGAGAUCAAAGAGCAGCUCGUAGCUGCUACAUCAAAGCGUGCAAGAAGAUUGGACAGAAAGAUCUGCAGGUCCACACCAUCGCAGAAAAAGUGCUGAGAGAAGAGGAGGGCUGGCCCCGCGCCGAGCCUGCAUCUGAAACAGAAGACGUGGUGGUCGAUCCUGCACAAGCAGAUAGGGUUGUAAAGAUUGGUACUGGGUUGGCACCCGAACUAAGAGCCCAGAUAGUCGAAGUCAUCCGACAGUUUAAAGAAGUUUUUGCGUGGGGUCCAGAAGACAUGCCAGGUAUCAAUCGAAACAUCAUAACUCACAAGUUAGCCGUGGACCCUACUAAGAAACCAAUACAACAAAGAAAGCGAUAUAUGUCGGCUGAACGAAGGGACUUUGUGAAAAACGAGGUGUUCGCGUUGACACAGGCAGGACAUGUCAAGGAGAUCUACUACCCCGUGUGGUUGAGCAACAUAGUCCUGGCCCCAAAAGGCUCCACAUGGAGAAUGUGUGUGGAUUAUACAGAUCUCAACAGAGCCUGCCCUAUGGAUCGAUUCCCCUUGCCAAACAUAGACCAGCUGGUAGAUGAGACGGCAGGAUGUGAGUUGAUGAGCUUCAUGGAUGCCUUCCGUGGGUACCAUCAGAUAUUCAUGCAUGAGGAGGAUGCUGAGAAGACUGCGUUCACCACCCCAGAAGGCAUUUUUUGCUACUUGGUCAUGCCGUUCGGCCUCAAAAACGCAGGCGCAACUUACACCCGGAUGGUGGCCAAGUUGUUUGGAAAAGUGCUGGGGCGAAACAUGGAGGCAUAUGUAGACGACAUGAUUGUCAAAAGCCGUAGAGGUGCCUCUCAUGUCAAAGACCUUAACGAGGUAUUUUCUAUUAUGAGAAAUUUUAAUUUACGCUUGAACCCUAAAAAAUGCACGUUCGCAGUCAAUGGGGGCAAGUUUCUGGGAUUUAUGGUCACUAGAAAUGGGAUAGAACCAAACCCAGAAAAGGUAAAAACCAUUCUUGACAUGGAACCCCCGCGGUCCAUUAAAGAAGUCCAAAGACUCAACGGUCGCUUAGCGGCUUUGGGUCGAUUUCUAUCUAAAUCGGCCGAACGAUCCCUCCCUUUCUUCCAGAUACUAAAGAAGAAUAAGGGAUUUGAAUGGACCCCAGAGUGUCAGUCGGCUUUCGAUGACUUGAAAAAAUAUUUGCUAUCCCCGCCACUGCUUGCAAAACUAGAGGAGGGUGAAACCUUACUCUUAUACCUGGGUAUAUCACAGGGUGCGAUCAGCUCCGUGUUGGUCAAAGAGGAAGGAGGGACUCAGCGUCCCAUUUACUAUGUAAGCAAGGCUCUACACGACGCAGAACUACGGUACACUGCCGUGGAGAAAACAGUGUUUGCUGCGGUCACCGCCUCUAAAAGGAUGGCGAGAUGGGCUAUGCACCUCAGCCAGUUCGACAUUGAAUUCAAACCAAGGCCCGCCAUCAAAGGUCAAGCCCUUGCGGACUUCAUAGUGGAAUGCACAGCCCGCGAAGUGACGGAGCAGGUGGAAAAUGAAGAUGGGGGAUGGUUCCACUUCAAGUUAUCUAACAAUGAGGCAGAGUAUGAGGCCCUCCUCAGCGGACUGCGGUUAGCAGCAGGACUACGAGCAGAAAAAGUUCGCAUCCGGUGUGAUUCCAAGUUAGUGGUCGGCCAGGUGAUGGGGGAGUACGAAGCCAAUGAAGGGAACAUGCAAAGAUACAGGGACGCAGUGCUGCGAACCUUGCGAGAAUUCGAGGGGUACGAAAUUCACCAAGUACCUCGAGAACAGAAUGCUGACGCUGACAUGCUCUCCAAGCUGAGCACUGGGAUCCCUGGCCACAUUCGUAAGAUUGCUCGGGUUGAGGAUUUGGAGACAUCCAGCAUCGAUAUCUCAUGGGUUUGCCCCGUGCAAUCCAGAGAGCCAUGUUGGAUUGACCACAUCACAAAGUACAAGAAGGAAGGCACUUUACCAGUGGACGAGCAAGAUGCAAAGCUAACAAGGUUGCGGGCACCCAGCUACGUGAUAUUGGAAGACAAGUUAUAUAAACGAUCCUAUAAUGGCACACUCUUGAAGUGUGUGUACCCUGACGAAGCAGAGCUGAUGAUGAGAGAAGUCCACGAAGGAGUGUGCUCCGCGCAUCAAGGAGCAUACACCAUAGCUCGACGCAUCAUGCUGCAAGGUUUCUUCUGGCCAAAGAUGUUGAAGGAUUGCGCAGAAUACGCCAAGCGAUGCCCUAAGUGUCAAGAGUUCCAGACAUUGCCAGGACGACCCGCAACCAACUACACUCCGGUGAGCACCGCAAUUCCAUUCUCGAGAUGGGGAAUAGACUUGGUAGGAGCCCUUCCCACGGGCUCGGGAAGCCGGAAGUACAUUAUCGUGGCCAUUGACUACUUCACCAAAUGGGUGGAAGCUGAUAUCGUGGCCAUUGACUACUUCACCAAAUGGGUGGAAGCUGAACCGCUGGCUAGUAUCACAGCAGCCAGGUGUAAAAAGUUCGUGGAGAAGAACAUAUUGUGCCGCUUCGGCAUCCCCAUCCAAGUAAUCACGGACAACGGACGUCAAUUCGAAGGCAGAGAGUUUUCAGACUUUUUGACGGAAUGGGGCAUCAAGCAUAGAGAGUUUUCAGACUUUUUGACGGAAUGGGGCAUCAAGCAUAGUCGGGUGGCGGUCUUUUUGACGGAAUGGGGCAUCAAGCAUAGUCGGGUGGCGGUGUCAUUGACGGAAUGGGGCAUCAAGCAUAGUCGGGUGGCGGUGUCAUACCCACAGGCGAAUGGUCAGGUAGAGAAUGCCAAUAGAACCAUCCUUGACGGUUUGAAGAGGAAGUUGGAAGCAGCUGGCGGGGCGUGGGUUGAAGAACUGGAUAGCAUCCUUUGGACCUAUCGCACAACCCCAAGGAGGGCUACGGGUGAAACUCCUUUCGCAUUGAGUUACGGGUUCGAAGCUCGAGCUCCAGCAGAGGCGAUGAUACNAAAAAAACAAUACAAGUGUUCAACACACGAAUAA